AAUAUUUUUAUGUCAUUAAUAUUUUUUCUCUUGUCUGUCUCUCAGGUGAAAAAGGGUCAGGAGGCUCCAGUCUAUGUCAUCAACCUCCUCAUCUCUGAUCUCAUUCAGCUCUUCUCCAGAAUUCCAGUAGAUUUAUGUAGACUCAGUCAAGCUGAUUUCACAUACAUGAGAAUUUUAUAUGUUUUUAUAAUGGUCAGUGUGGGAUUCAUGGUGUGUAUCUCCUGUGAAAGGUAUCUGGUUGUUGCCAUGCCACUGUGGUACAGAUUCAGGAGAAACAUCAAGACAUAUGUGGUGGUCUGCAUUGUGGUCUGGUUACUUCCUCUUUUUCAUCCAUUACUUGGCUAUGUGAUUAAGGAGCAUGAGAUGGCUGCUCAUUUCUUCAUAGUUUUUCUCCUCCUGCCUUUUCCCUUGUUCAUCUUCUUCCUGGUUGGGACUAUCAAAGCUCUCUCUGGAGCGCUCAGUGUCCCAGCAGAUGAAAAACGACGACUCGCAGCCAUUCAGGUUGUGGUGCUGAUUAUUUAUACUCUGCUUUAUCUGCCCAUCAUCCUUUUGCUCCUGUAUGACAUUAAAGCAUUUAAAGGGGGAUUGUCCUGUAUUCCCUAUGCUGUGGGUUAUGCUGCUGGUGCUCUUAGUCCUCUUGCUGACACAACUUUGUAUUUGUUCGUUCGGAAAAGCAUCCUGGAUACGUUUCUGGCUUCCCUGGGUUGUUGUAAAAUAUCUAGCAAUUAGGAGACGAUCAGCACAGACCAUGAAAACGGAAUGGCUGCAAAUAUUAAGUCUGUUUUUGUUAUGCUGCCUGUUUGGUGCAGAAGUGUGUCCACUACGAUCUGCUGCUUUUGAGGAUUACAACAGAAAACAGUUUUAAAUACUUGGUUAUUCAAAAAUGUUUCGUUAACUCUUUUGUUGGCUAAAUAUCUACUAAAAGCAAAAUGUAAUGAAUAACCUCAUGAAGACAAUCUGCUUCAUUCACUAAGGACUUUGUUUCCAUUUGAUGUCCCUUUAUUUGCCUUAUGUCUUCAGAACAUCUCUUUUGUCAUUAUUUA